AUGUGCGUGUGUGCCGAUACAAGUUUGUACCAGUUUCGCUGUCUGGCAAAUGCGACCGGACGUAAAUGCGUUCACUUUGUGGACCGUAUCAACUUUGCGCCCAACCUGGACGCAAGGGUUUCAUUCACCCGUUCCGGUCGUAACUGCCCACUCAACGGGAUCUGGACGCAGCGAGUCGAUUGUCUGCUGUUGUGUGUCUGGGUGUUGUGUAACAUUUUGUCCCAUCGCUUGGCUGCUGCUUCGCCCAAUAGCCAGCAACGGACACCGAUGCGAUCCGGCUCAGGCCGGUCGUCCGCAUCUAUCUCCUCGCGGCUACAUGUCGCCGAUCCGGGCCUGACCCCGGGUACCACGGGGAGGGGGCCGGGCUGCGCGGUUCGGGGUCAAGAGGGCCCCGUUGACUGGUCACUUGUGAUGACCGGAACAGAUUAA